UCUAUUAUUAAACAAUAAACCUCGGAGAAAAUCUCCAUUUCUCCGUCGCCAAUCUUUUCUCCUUUUUAAUUCUACCUGUAACACCAAAAAUGGCUCGUCAAUUCGUUGUUUUCGCUUUGGUCUUGAUCGCCCUCGUCGGCCUGGUCUCCGCUGCCGGCUCCAAGUCCUCUAGCUCACCCGCUCCUGCGCCCGCUGGUGCCGGUGCCUCUGGUGGCCUUGCUGGUUCAACUGGAGCUUCUUUAAGCGGUGAUAGUUCUCCUCUUUCUUCGGCUCCUAGUCCUGGCAGUGGUGCCGCGGCACUUGAUGUCUCGACUGUUACCGGAGUCGGAGCUGCCGCCGUAGCUGGCUACUUUUUGUUUUAAACAUGAUGUGUUUAU